AUGGCCGACGACCUUGUCGUGAGCUUCUUCUGCGCCGUCAGCAACGUCAACGCCCGCGGCCCACCGCAGAGCUUCCUCCAAGGCGCCUUGGCCUCGCUGCGUGGGCAGUCGCCCGACGUGCCCGAGUGCCAGCUGCUUAUCGAGCACCUCUCGCAAGCCACGAUCGCCGGCGCGCCGAGCUCGCUGCGCAUGUACGAGACCGAGAUCACCAAGAGCAGCAACCCGUCGUUCGUCCUUGGCAUUGAGCUGCCGCUGGCAUCGACGAGCGUCGAGGACGUGGUCCAUAUCUCGCUCGUGCGCGUCCAGGACAAGCUCUCGAUCGCGUCGUGCGUGGUCGCGAUGCGCUACUUGGCCAGCCAGGUUCGCCUCGGCGCGCCCGUCAUCUACAUACCGUUGACGCUGCGGAAAGGCCAUACCACGCCGCCCACGAUCUCGAGCCCUGCGAUGCUCGGCGCAAAAGAUCCUGCGAUCGUGCUCACGGUCGCACGUAUCCGACCACUGGCGCACCCGCUCAUCCCGACGCAGCACCACCUCAUGCAGACGUACUCGUUUCCGUCGACGACGCUGGGGCCGCGUCGCGUGGCCGAGGAGAUCAUGGAGGUCGGGUACCAUACGCGCAUUCCCAAGCUCUUCCUCAAGCACAUGCACGCCGAGCUGCAAAUGUUUACCGAGCUCUGGCACGUGCGCUGCGAGAACGAGCGCAAGCGGCAGCUGAUCUUCGACUCGGACGACGAUGCGCUCGCGGCGGGCUGCGACGUCUUUCACGUCGCGGUGUUGGAGGCCCGCAACCUCAAGCUCGACGUGCUCCCGCCACCGACGACGACAACGACACCACCAACGGCACCGGCGCCGACGUCCACGGGCAUGUCGCCCAACACGGCAGCGACGACGGUGACAUCGCCCACGCCCACGGCCAUCAACCCGUUCAUUCGCAUCUCGUUUGGCGAGACCGACAAGCCCGAGGCCGGGCCGGAUGCGCCGUACCCAGCCACGCCCAUGCAGGACGUUGGCCGCACGCGCACCGAAAUGGCGACGUGCAACCCAGUGUGGGGUACGCACCGCCGGACGUCGGUCGCGUCGACGUCGCCGCAGAUGAAGAAGAUGGCGACGUCGCUCAGCGGCGACGGCCCGAAGAAGCCCGCGUCGUCGUACUCGAUCUACCGACCGUCGCACCGCGUGUGCAACUCCAAGGGCGUCGUUCAGUUUAGCGUCUACCACGAAGCCAUUGCCAAGGUCAUGGACGUGCCAAUUGGCCAUGUCAUUGUACCGUGGCGCAUUCUCAAACUCAAAUCGACGUCGAUGAACCCCGACACGAGUCUGCCCGACCCGGACGCCGAGUACGUCUUUGACGUUGACGACUGGGUGCCCAUCUACCCGCGCGGCGACCGGCGCUCGAUGCUCGGUGGUGUUGACCCCGUCGGUGAAGUCCACAUCCAAGUCCGCAUCAAGUGUUCGAAAGCCAAGUUUGGGCUCGUGAGUGAGACUGCGCUCGGGGCCGUCGACCAAACCCCGAUGUUUCGCCUGGCGGACAAGGCCAAGGACCACGAGCUCCGGAAGCGCAACAAGCACUCGCACAUCCGCACCGAGCCGGACGGCGCGCCGAUUCCGAUCGAGACGCUCGCCAAGCACGUUGCCAACCUCGACGGGUACCUCGCCGACUUGGAAAAGAUGAUGGAGGACGUGGCGGACCGGGACGCCUCCAGCAAGUGGUUUCGCUCGUCGAAAGAGAAGAAGGAGCUGCUCGUGCAGCCAUUGGCGACCAACCUCCACCUCUCGUACUUUCGGACGUUUGCCGAGUCGCCCGUGCGUCGGUUCAGCACGGGCGCGUCCAGCUUCCGCGCGUCGUCGCUCUCGGGGCUCGACCUCCCGGCCGUGACGCUCGACGUCCAAGACGCGGUCACGGCUACCGUGAGCUGCGGCGCGCCGACGGCCCACGCCUUGGGUCUCGACAAGCACGGGCUCUUGGAUCUGGAGGACGCCAUGAUGACAGCGGUGGACGCGGCGAGCUUUGAUGCUGCCAAACACGCCUACAUGUACCGCAAGAUCCUCUGCGUGUCGCAGUCGCUCAGCGUCCUUGUCACGACGUUUCUUGCGCAGCUCGAGCUGGCACUGAGUCCGUCGACGCGCGAUGGCAUGGCCAUUCUGCGCCAAUGGACGGCGAUCGGGUUUCUCGUGCAGUGGGAGUCGCUCGUGUCGUCGCAAGGCCAUGAACUCCGCAUGCUCUCGGACGCGUGGGUCGCGAUCAAGACACUGGAACGCUUUGUGUUUCAGUUUGAGGGGCAGACCGAGACGUCCCGCAUUCGCCUCACGCCGGCCCAUGACGGCAAGGGCUACGUCAUCCACGUCCCCCUGCCGUCCUCGACGCUCGUCGCGUUGCCCGGGCCGCUUCAAACAGGCGCGACAAUUGCGGUGGUGCCCGUUCUCUUUACCCAAGGCAUCAACGAGAUGCAAUCGCUGGCCAACAUGAUGGGGACGACCGGCUGGGACCUCCAGCACAAGGUCAACCAGAAGGCGUUCAAGACGCUGCAAGCCUACGCUGCCAGCUACACGGCCAUGGAGGAGCACGUGCACUUGGAAGGGUCGGCGCCCAAAGCGGCGCUGCAGACACUCACGACGCUACUGGAGGCCGAAACCAAAGCGGCAGCGACCAAAAACACGCGGCUACUGCUCGAAGCCUCGGACGUCGUUCGGUGCCUCAACGGCGGCCGCGUCACGUUUUGCAAGAGCGGGAAGGACCGCACGGCCAUGUCGAUCACGCUCGACCAGAUGCGCCGCGUGCACGCCACGUCAUCGAUGACGAAGGACGUUGAAGCGCUUGUCAAACCGAUCGCCAACGUCAUGCGGGCGCGCGGCACGCGGAUUGAGAUUGCGCAAAAAAACAUUGGCGCACCAAAGUACUCGUUCAACGCACUCCAGCGCAAGAUGCUGCCCAAGAUGUACCGCCCGCCUCUCGAGUCGAUUCAGGGCAUGGCCGCCAAGGGCCAUACGUAG